GUCAUUGUGAAGUGAGUGUGCAGCAGGUAUUUAUGUCCCCUCGGCACCUUUGAAAGCCAUGGCAGGCCCAGAUGUGAUGAAAACUUUUCUGUAUACCGUUAACAAUCUGCUGCAGCAGGAGAAAUACAAGGCGGCGUUGGCAGUUUUGAAAGGAUUCAGAAACGGCGCCGUAUAUGGGGCGAAGAUCAGGGCACCUCACGCCCUGGUGAUGACGCUUCUGUUCAGAACCGGCAGUUUUAAAGACAAGCUGCGAGUCAUUUUGAAGGCAACCUAUACCCACUCCCGCAACCUGGCCUGCUUCGUGUUGACGUACAAAGGACUGCGAGCCAUCCAGCAGAAGGUCCAGGGGCAGAGUUUACAGUCACACGCCUUUGUGGCCGCCUGCGUGGGAGGAUGGUUAGUGUUUGGAGAUAAUAACAACAUUAAUAGCCAGAUCAACAUGUAUCUGCUGUCCAGAAUCCUUUUCGCCCUGUCUCGACUGGCCGUAGAGAAAGGAUUCAUCCCCCAGCCUAAACACGACCCCUUCCCCCUCUUCGCCACCCUGGUGUGGGGCAUCGUCUUGUGGCUCUUUGAGUAUCACCCUCACACCCUGCAGCCCUCACUGCAGUCCUCCAUGAACUACCUCUACCACGACAGCAACGUGUGGCACGACAUCACGGACUUCCUCGUUUAUAAUAAGCCAAGGACGGCUGCUCAGAGUUGAACACGCACCCACAUCAGUAAAAUAUAAUAAAGGUUUUUAGAUUUUAUAAUUAUUAAUAAUUUAAUGUAAAUUGAGGUUGUUUUCUUUUAAGAAUUGUUAAAUAUAAUUUGUACUGUAAGAGGUUUGAUAAUUUUGUUUGUCUUCCAACUGAAUAGAGCAUAUGUCCGUUACAACUUGCAUUUGCUUGUUUUGAAAUUUGUGUGGACGUUAUAUAACUGUUUGCCUACACUUUGAAUAAUUGUAUAAAAUUUUAUUUUUAAAUAAUCAGA